GGCGAGCGCAGUCUCAUAUUGACCGCCGAACUGUAUACAUCUCGCAAUGACCGGCCGUGGCAAAGGAGGCAAGGGGCUCGGGAAAGGAGGCGCCAAGCGCCACAGAAAGGUUCUCCGCGACAACAUCCAGGGGAUCACCAAGCCAGCCAUCAGAAGACUUGCACGCCGUGGCGGCGUUAAAAGAAUUUCCGGCCUCAUUUACGAAGAAACUCGAGGCGUGUUGAAGGUGUUUCUAGAAAACGUCAUCAGAGAUGCAGUGACGUACACGGAACACGCUAAGAGGAAAACCGUUACGGCCAUGGACGUCGUCUACGCGCUAAAGAGACAAGGCAGGACGCUGUAUGGUUUCGGUGGAUAGACUCGAAUGUAAUAAAUUAUUAAUUGAUUAUGGUUUGGUAAUGUGAAUGCUAUGUGACAAGGCCCUUUUCAGGGCCGCA